AUGCCGAAGGCGUCUUACGGCAGCGCCACAACCAAGCAGUGCGAGCUGUGCGAGAAGGCAAUAUCUCGCACGAACUUCUCCAAGCACAAGAAGAGAUGCAAGGGCAUUAACGUGCGCGACUCUCGGAGUGAUAUCCGGAAGAGGUCGUGGAAUAAGCACCGCGACAAGCGUGUCGGAGAGCAACGCAACCGCCGCGCUAGUAAUUUGUUCGAAGAAACUUGA